CCGUAUAUCGCGUCGCCGUCGUGGCCGUUUCGUGACAGUCGGUCAAAAAACAGCGGAGCAGGUCGGAGCGAGCGGCUUGCCACUGCCAGUAGUAGAAGAGUGCCAGCUCGUUGGGUGAUUCUACCUGUUUCUCGGAAUCGUUCACGGAAUCCCUUUCGCGCCGCGGCGACGAUGAGGAAACUCUUCCUACUGAUCGCGGGACUGAUCUUGCUGGCGGGAAUCGUCCGGGCCGAGGAUGAGGUCGAGGAUAACGCCGGCACCGUGGAGGACGAUCUUGGCGUCAGCCGGGAGGCAUCGCGAACAGAUCAUGAAGCGGUACAAAGGGAAGAGGAAGCGAUAAAGAUCGACGGUUUAAGUACCGCUCAGGUGAAGGAAUUAAGGGACAAGUCUGAGAAAUUUGCGUUCCAGACCGAGGUCAAUCGCAUGAUGAAACUUAUCAUCAAUUCUCUCUACCGUAACAAAGAGAUUUAUCUCAGAGAAUUGAUCUCGAAUGCAUCCGACGCGCUGGACAAAAUCAGACUGUUGUCGCUCACCGAUAGGAGCGUCCUGGAUACGAACGCCGAAUUGGCUAUCAGAAUAAAGGCGGACAAGGAGAACAGGAUAUUGCAUAUAACGGAUUCCGGUAUCGGCAUGACGAAGAAGGAGCUGGUGAACAACCUUGGAACCAUCGCGAAGUCCGGCACGGCCGAGUUUCUAGGAAAGAUGCAGGAUGUCACGAACGCACAGGACAUGAACGAUAUGAUCGGCCAGUUCGGCGUGGGCUUUUAUUCCGCUUAUUUGGUCGCGAAUACCGUUGUGGUCACCACCAAGCAUAACAAGGACAAACAGUACAUCUGGGAGUCGGACAGCUCCAACUACAGCAUUGUUGAGGAUCCACGGGGGGACACCUUGAAGAGAGGAACGACCGUAAGCUUACACUUGAAGGAAGAGGCGUCGGACUUCCUGGAGCCGGACACGAUAAAGAACUUGGUGAAGAAGUACUCGCAGUUCAUCAAUUUCCCCAUAUAUUUGUGGAACAGCAAAGUCGUGCAAGUCGACGCGGAGGAUGUGGACGAGGAUAAGCCCGCGAAGGAAGACGCGGAGAAGGAUGAUGACUCCGACAAGGAGGACGAGGAGGAUGACGCCAAGGUGGAGGAGGCUUCGGAUGAGAAGAAAUCUAAGAAAGUGGACAAGACCGUGUGGGAUUGGGAAUUGUUGAACGACUCGAAACCGAUUUGGACGCUGAAGCCGAACGAGGUCGACGAGAAGGAGUACAACGAAUUUUACAAAACGCUCACGAAAGACAAUCAGGAACCUCUGGCGAAGACGCACUUCAUUGCGGAGGGCGAGGUCACGUUCAAGUCUGUCCUGUUUGUCCCGAAGGUUCAACCGAAUGACAGCUUCAAUCGCUACGGCACCAAAUCCGACAACAUCAAGUUGUACGUCAGGCGAGUCUUCAUCACCGACAAGUUCACCGACAUGAUGCCGAAUUACCUGUCCUUCAUUCGCGGUAUCGUGGACAGCGAUGACCUGCCGCUCAACGUUUCGCGCGAGAAUCUCCAGCAGCACAAAUUGAUCAAGGUUAUCAAGAAGAAGCUCAUCAGGAAGGUGCUGGACAUGAUCAAGAAGAUUUCCAAGGAGGACUAUCAGACGUUCUGGAAGGAGUACAGCACGAACAUCAAACUGGGCAUAAUCGAGGACCCUCAGAAUCGCGCGAGACUGUCCAAGAUGUUGCAGUUCUUCUCGUCGACGCAGAAGGAAAUGACCUCCCUGCCCGAGUACGUGUCCCGCAUGAAGGCCAAUCAGCAGCACAUCUACUACAUCGCCGGCUCGUCCGAGGACGAGGUGAGGAAGUCGCCGUUCGUCGAACGGCUGGAGAAGAGGGGCUACGAGGUGCUGUACCUGACAGAGGCGGUGGACGAGUACGCGAUCUCGGCGUUGCCCGAGUUCGACGGCAAGAAGUUUCAAAAUGUGGCGAAGGAGGGCUUCACGCUGGACGAGGGCGAGCGUGCGAAGGAACGGAUGGAGCAGUUGAAGAAGACGUUCGAGCCUCUGGUCAAGUGGCUGAGUGACGUCCUGAAGGACCAAAUCAGCAAGGCGCAGGUGUCCGAGCGUUUGACCGACUCGCCGUGCGCCUUGGUCGCCAGUAUGUUUGGCUGGACCGGCAAUAUGGAACGUCUGGCGGUGUCGAACGCGCAUCAGAAGACCGACGAUCCGCAGAGGAGCUACUAUAUGAAUCAGAAGAAGACGCUGGAGAUCAACCCGAGGCAUCCGCUCAUUCGGGAACUGCUGCGCAGAGUCGAGGUCGACUCGGCCGAUCAGACGGCCAAAGACAUGGCCCUGAUGAUGUUCCGCACGGCGACUCUGCGGUCGGGCUUUAUGUUGCGGGAGACCGCCAGUUUCGCGGACAGCGUGGAGCAACUGAUGAGGAAGAGCCUGGGCAUCUCCUUGGACGAGGUGCCCGAGGAGGAGGAGAUUCAGGAGGAGGAAUUGGUGAGCAACGAGAAGGUGUCGGACCUCGACGCCGAUGAAGACGAGAAGAAGUACGAGGAGGAGGAAGACGACGACAAGCACGAGGAGUUGUAAUAACAGAGGGAAAUGUAAAGCGAUAUUUGAAAGACUUCUAGAAGCGUAGCUAUACAAUGUAUAGUUCAGCUCUCCUAACGUGUGACCUUCGUUGUCGCAAGUUUGUAAACAAUUUAGAUAUGUACAACUUAUGAUAAGUACGUUAAAUUCGGUCUGAUAUUAGAUUUUCGUUUUAACACUGAUUUUCAAUCACUGUUAAACGGCAGGCGAAACGUAUCUAAAUUCUUUUUCUAUACGAAAUGCCAUUAAUCGCAACAUUCGUCAUCUCAGACGUUAGAUCAUGUUUAUCAUUGAUUUCAGUUAAAUUGUAGAUUUCAAGAAUUUAAAUAAUUUAUUGUAUAUUUUGAUUUUGAUUUUGAUCUUCCACAUCUUUUUAGUAACGUGAAGAGAGCUCCUGACUGAGCGUUACUGACGUAUGGUAUGUUUGUGAUAUAUGUGUGAAUGUAUUUGUACAUGAAACAAAUUAUAUUAAAAUGAAUUAUAUCUACUGUA